AUGGCGCCGAGUAACGGGAUCCCGCGGCCGGACAACUCCACGCUCCGAAUUCUGGCCUUUGGUGACUCUCUUACCGAAGGCUACACAGACUUCGGAAUGACCUUCCACCCAUACGGAGAUGCUCUACGCGACACCCUGCAAGAAUCAUUCCCAAAUCUCGAAAUCACCGUGAAAGUAGAGGGUAUGAGCGGAGACUGCGUCCUGCCGUCGCUGGGAGGUUUCAACGAACGACUCCGAGGGGCCACGAAAAGCAGAGAGCCACCAGAAUUCGAUCUGAUCAUCCUCUUGGGAGGAACGAAUGAUUUGGCGUAUAAGAUGGGUGCUGGUGCGGAGGGCUCGAGGGAGAUAUUCGAAGAAGGACUAGAGCCGCUGUAUGAAUACGUUUUGGAGACCAGGUCGAAUCUGAUGGUUGUAACGGUUCCGGAGCGUGCGGUGGACAGCAGGGGGAGUGAAUUGGGGAGACGUGCGAAGGGCUACAGAGAGGAGUUGAACAGGAUGAUUACGGAAUGGGCGAAGGCGCAUGAGCAGAGUACACCGAAAGUGUUCCUGUUCGAUCUCGCUCCGAAGGUGCCGUAUUCUGGAGAUGAUGGCAAGGAGCCAGGUGAGAGGGUAUGGAGUCCUGAUGGAUUGCACAUGUCGGCGAAUGGGUACGACUUGGUCGGGAGGGAGUUGGCGAAGUUGGUUGGAGAAAUUCUUUGA